GUAAACAGAUAAGUCAGAACAUUGACUACCCUGAGGAACAGCAGACCGAGUGCAAAGGUCAUUAGCCGGUAGCGGGUAUUUUUUUCACAUUUGCACAUUUAUCUGCGCAGUGGCUCCGCUGCGGUGGGCAGUUGGGAUACGCGCCUCCCUCUCUCUCCGCUCGCUAAUCAGGACGCAACACUGUACUCUGACCUUUCUGUUUAUUCUGUUACUGAAAUAACUCUGGCUUUCGGGAAGCCGUUUCGCUAUCGGAGCUGUGUGACCCGUUAAAUUGCAUAACCAGGAUUGAGAAGGAGAGACCGGAUUUUCUCCACGUCGUUGUGUUUUGUGUUUAUUUCUAAUUGCGCAGCAUCGGUCUUUCCCGAGGCUUGUCCGUGCCAGAUGCGCUGGUCCCAUGGUCCGCGAGCGCGCGUUGUUAAUCCCCGCGAAGGGGUUACUGGGUAAACCCAGCUCUUCCCGGAAUCUGUAGUUGCGAGCGCGGAACCGUACGGCUGCUAACAACGCGAGGCUGCGCACGAACAGGCUGUCGAGAUCCUUCUCCCUGCUGUCGACCUCAUCCCGCACCAUGAAAAAUGUGCGUCCCAGUUGAGCCCAGACAGGAGCGUGUGUUAGGGAAGGUCCUCGCUAUCUCUGUGGGCGGUCCAUGCACACGCACGGCACCAUGGGUAGCUCCCCCGAGGUGCUCUCCUGGACUUCGUGCCCCAGCCUGCUGGUGGGCAAGCUGAAGGAGGAGCUGAAGCUGAGCGUGGUGGGCGACGCCAUGAAGAAGGCCAGCUCCAACGCGUCACCCCAGCAACCGCCCGCCCCGCCCUCGCCCCCGCAGAUCAUCACGGACCUGGCGCCACCCCCGGCCACGCCCACGCCCGUGGCCCCGCCCACCCCGGGGGAGGAGCUGGCGCCGGGGGGCGGGGGCACCCCCGCGGCGGCGCUGAGCGAGGACUCGUCCCGCGAGCAGCGGCACUUCGACAACAGCGUGCUGCAGCUGCAGGAGCACGAGGACUGCGAGUCGCCGGGGUCCGGGGGCGGCAUCGGCGGCGGCGGCGGCUGCGGCAGUGGGGGGGAGGGCGAGGGCGAGGAUGGCACGGGUGGCGGGGGCUGUCCGGCGGGCCACGUCGGGGGCAGGACCAGGCCAUGCGGCCACCCGCACGACGACAUCAAGCUGCACUUUCACCGGGCGGGGAACGGCACCUCCGGCUUCCUGGAGGGGCUGUUCGGCUGCCUGCGCCCCGUCUGGAACAUCAUCGGGAAGAGCUACUCCACCGACUACAAGCUGCAGCAGCAAGACCAAUGGGAGGUCCCGUUUGAGGAGAUCUCAGAGCUGCAGUGGCUGGGCAGUGGGGCGCAGGGCGCCGUCUUCCUGGGGAAGUUCCGCUCUGAGGAAGUGGCCAUCAAGAAGGUCCGUGAGCAGAAGGAGACGGACAUCAAACCCCUGCGCAAGCUAAAACACCCCAACAUUAUCGGCUUCAAAGGCGUUUGCACUCAGGCCCCCUGCUACUGCAUCAUCAUGGAGUACUGUGCCCAGGGGCAGCUGUAUGAGGUGCUGAGGGCGGGGCGCAAGGUCACCCCCCGGCUGCUGGUGGACUGGGCCUCAGGGAUCGCCAGUGGCAUGAACUACCUGCACCUCCACAAGAUCAUCCACAGAGACCUCAAAUCCCCGAACGUGCUUGUCACGCACAAUGACACUGUGAAGAUCUCCGACUUCGGCACCUCCAAAGAGCUCAGCGACAAGAGCACCAAGAUGUCCUUCGCGGGCACGGUGGCCUGGAUGGCGCCCGAGGUGAUCCGGAACGAGCCUGUGUCCGAGAAGGUGGACAUCUGGUCGUUUGGGGUGGUGCUGUGGGAGCUGCUGACGGGAGAGAUCCCCUACAAGGACGUGGACUCCUCGGCCAUCAUCUGGGGGGUGGGCAGCAACAGCCUGCACCUGCCCGUGCCCUCCACCUGCCCCGACGGCUUCAAGAUCCUCAUGAAGCAGACAUGGCAGGGAAAGCCGAGGAACAGGCCCUCGUUCCGGCAGAUUCUCCUGCACCUGGACAUCGCCUCGGCAGAUGUGCUGGGCACCCCUCAGGAGACCUACUUCAAGUCCCAGGCCGAGUGGAGAGAGGAGGUGAAGAAGCACUUUGAGAAGAUAAAGAGUGAAGGCACUUGCAUCCAUCGGCUGGACGAGGAGCUGAUUCGCCGGCGGAGAGACGAGCUCAGACACGCCCUUGACAUUCGGGAGCACUACGAGAGGAAGCUGGAGAGAGCCAACAACCUCUACAUGGAGCUGAGUGCCAUCAUGCUCCAGCUGGAGGUCCGUGAGAAGGAGCUCAUGAAGAGAGAGCAGGCGGUGGAGAAGAAGUAUCCCGGGACGUAUAAGAGGCACCUGGUUCGCCCCAUCGUGAGGCCCAACGCCGUGGAGAAACUGAUUAAGAAGAAGGGCAGCAUGUCCCACAAACCAGGGGUGCCGACGCCCAAGAGACCUGACCUGCUGCGAUCCGACGGGAUCCCCAGCGUGGAGGUGCUCCCCUCGCCCCUGCCCCUGUCGGCCAGCCCCCGGGUGUCCACGCCCCCCGGCAAGGCCCGCUACCGCAGCAAGCCGCGGCACCGCCGCGCCAACAGCAAGGGCAGCCACGGCGACUUCCCGGGGAUCCCGAAGCCCGGCGCGGCCUCCGCAGCCGAGGAGCAGCUCCCCCUGCAGCAGCACUACCACCACCACCACCACCACCACCUGCCCCCAGAGGGCGCCCUCCUCCCCCCGCCGCCGCCGCCGCAGGGCCGCCAGGACACCGCCGCCAACUGCGCCAGCGACCUGCGCUACUUCGGCCCGGCGGCGGCCCUGCGCAGCCCGCAGACGGACCACCCGCAGCGCCGGCCCUCCGGCCCCGGGCCCGGCCCGGACCUCAUCCCCGCCGGCGGCGGCGAGGCCGACCCCCGCCCCGGCCCGCUCUGCCCCUGCUGCCAGGCCCACCCCUUCCCCGGCUGCCUGCGCUGCCAGGACACGCCUCCCGCCCCCAGCCACCCCGAGCUCCCCCACUACUCCCUGCUGAGCACCUGCGAGGAGGCCCCGCCCCCCGCCGCUCCCCGCGGCCCCGAGGGAGGCGCGCCGGAGGAGGGGGCGGGCCAGGGGCGGGAGGCGCCGUACCGCCUGCCCUGCACGCUGCGGCCUCUCAGGAAGGGUGGUGACGAGUCCUCUGAAGAGGAAGAGGGAGAGGUGGACAGUGAAGUCGAGUUUCCACGAAGACAAAGGCCCCACCGCUGCAUGAGCAGCUUCCAGUCCUACUCCACCUUCAGCUCGGAGAACCUGUCGGUGUCGGACGGCGAGGAGGGGAACACGAGCGACCGCUCCCACAGCGGGCCCCUGGAGCGGCUGAGCGCCAGCCAGGAGGAGCACCUGGACGAGCUGCUCUCCCACACGCCCGACAUCCCCAUCGACAUCUCCACCCAGUCCGACGGGCUGUCCGACAAGGAGUGCGCCGUGCGCCGCGUCAAGACCCAGAUCUCCCUGGGGAAGCUGUGCGCCGACGAGCACGCCUACGAGAACCCGCUGCACUUCGGAGAGUCGGACUGCGAUUCCUCGGAGGCCGAGUGCUCAGACGCCACCGUGAGGAACACCAAGCCCUCCACCUGGUGAUCUUCUCCGCCCUCUCCGCCCCCAAGAUGACCUCAGUACCCCUACGCCCUCUACGAACAACGGCAAUAAUGCAUCACGCCACAAGCAAACCGACUUCUAACAGCACCGCCCCCCCCCCCCCCACCCCCAUUUACCGGCCCCCCAGCAGCACCACCACCUCUCAGCAAGGAAGACAGGGAUCCCAAUCUGUCCAGUUUCAGUGUAGCCAUUGCAACGUUCACCAUUUACCUUUUGAGUUUAACGACUGUAUAUGUAUAUCUGUAUAUCAUUUUGUACAGAUGCAAAAUGAACAAAAAAGCAAACAUCGUAAUGAGUAGGUGCAAGUAUAUUUGCACAGAGUAAUAUAUGAGGAUCCCCUGCAGCUGGGUUAGAGAGAGACUGCGCACCUGGUUCCUGGGUGUGGCUUUGCUAGCAUCGUGGGUACGAACCUGUUCCUCUAGGCACUGCUAAUUACCUGAGGCUCCACCCCCGUAAGGGCAGCUGUUCUCAGCCAACCAGUGCAGUGCAGAGCGUUCUACAGGAAGUGGGCGCAUUUUAACUGUAGCGUCGCCCCAGAGCUUACCAGGAGCUAGCACUGUCCCACUGUCCCACUGUCUCACUGUCCAACUGUCCAACUGCCCAAGAGCAAACACCUGGCUGUUUUAUUUCUUCUGAGUUUACAAAAACGUGCCCCCUCACCACCUCCAGGAGAAUGGAGAAAGGGGGUUAUAAGCCUAAACACCAGCAUGAACAGCACCCCCCCCACAAAUCUCCUCCAUCGAUCAUUCCAGAACCUUCCUACUGUUCCACAUAGCAUGUCUGCUCAGCCUCUAAUGCAAGACUUGUCAAGAGCAUGAGUCAUGUUGCCAGGGAAACAAGACUCUGGCCCUGUUUAUAUUAAUGGUAAAAUUCAACCAGCUUAACCCGGCUUCUCCUUUUGAGUCCAAGACCACAUGACCAUCACCCUGCUUUGCCUGUUUCCUUUCGAUUAUUUUACUUUUGUUCGAAAUUUGUUCCGGGAAGUGUUGAACAAGAACCCAACCAGUGUUGAAUUUUCUUGCGCCGGUGGACUCACUGAAGAUAAUGUGGAAAAACGUAGGCUGGAACAGAAGCAGGACCGUGAAAGUGAGUUCCUGUGGAUCGCGGAUGCAGGGACCUGAACUCGGUCUGCGUCUGGACUCUCAGAGUUACUUCAUGUGUAAUAAUUCAGUGUGAUCAGUUUCCUUUCAGAAUGCAGUAUCCCUUUAAAUGUUUGCUCAGGUCCGCAAGCCCCCCUUUGACUGGCUCUUUUGUCAUUUCUUUGAUGGCUGGAUGUUGCACAACACUGUUCUGUCAUGCGGAAGCACAGCUUACUGAGUGAGGGGCAGAUCUGGGGGGGCGGGGUCAGUGACAGGCACCGGACCGCCCCCCCUCCCUGUGAUUGGUUGAUGAAAGAAACAGAGCAAUAAUGCAGAAUAAAACUCAGGAGACCUAGAUUCAUCUGCUUGGAGCUGUCCAGCAGGCUGGACGGAUUGACGAUGCACAGAGGAACUGCAGUUAAUGGUGAACGGCUCUUUUUAAAAUAUAAAUAUAUAUUUUUAAAACGUUAAUUUUACGAUGAACGCCGCCAAAUGGUUGCUUUUCACGUUGGAAGCUCAGGUAUUGAAUAACAAGUCGAGUAAAAAUGCCGCUCAGUAUUUUUGCUACGUGUGUCCACUAGGUGGAGAUAGUUACCUAGGAUUCAGUUGCAAUAUGUCUUUCUCCCAAAUUCCAGUGCAGUGCUCAACGCAUAACUGUUUACUCAUCUGUAUUUCCGUUGCUCGUCAGUCUCACAAUGGCUGUAUUUGUCUGUGUUCUCUGCUUAUUUUAAAAAGGGAUACUGCAUCUGUUUUAUUUGUAUCAUUGCAUUCAUUCAUCAGUGUAUUUGUACACAGGUUGAUGGCCAGUCGGUAUAAGAUAAAAUUAUAAUGCAUUCCUACAUUCGGACUAAAUGAAGGGGUUGGUAAUUGUGGCAUCGCUGAACUCUGAACGCUGUUUUUGUCACAGAAUAACAGCUACUGGGUAGAAAGGGUUGAGCUUGCCGCAUUACCACUGAAGUUGAAUCCACAGUGUUGUUUUUUUAUCGGUCCCGCAGCGCUGAUGUGGAAGGAGUGUUGCGGAUAUCUUAUCUUUAAAGACUGCCGCUUCCUGUGAUGUCCACAAACUCCCUGUCAUUAAUAUAUGUCUAGAGCUGUAUGUCUCCUGACCAGUAUCACGUGACCUGGGUUACAAGCCAUGUCCCGCCCUUUGCUGAUCAUGUGAUUUGGGUGCGGGGGACGUUGUGUAGCGUGCUGUUCUGUAAGCGGUGAUUCGCUGCAGUGUGCUACUGCCCGCUGAUAUUGACCCUGGAGACCCGACCUCCUUCCUUCCUUCCUGAGGUGCUCCGCGUCCCCCACCUCUCCACGCAUUUUUAUGUCGAAAUGGUAUUAAAAAGCUAACGUGUUCAAAUGAAGUUAUUGGGAAGUGGGCAAAGGUUGUUAAGAGUGAAGGAUAAUGUCUUAUGUGAAGAAAUGCUGGGACCGAUCUUGUAAAUUCUGAUUCAUUUAAUUUAAAUGUGUUAAUUUAACAUUUUAACCUGACUUGUUUUGUAGCUGGCCUACAUGAUUAUUGGAUUAAUUUAUGGUGGAAAAAACCUGUUGUUAUAUCUGUAUUUCAAAAGAAUCCUGUUAAUUUUAGCUGGCUCUGUUCUUCUCGUGUCAGGCAAAGGUUUCCUAAUGGAUGUUGGGGGUAUAACCAAUAUUAUAAUAAAUGAAGGAGUUUUUCUGAUCAGAAACGCAUCAGAAGAGCAACUGGAGCCAGUCUCUGAGAAGGAGAGUGUGUUCUGAGAACCUGUUUGUCUCUUGCCCCAAACAGUCUCACCUGUGGGAACCAGUCAUUAUCUUUCUCUGUUUGUGAAAGAUAAUGACAGAAGGGCUGUCUGCGUACCUCUCAGUGUUUGACCAGAGUCCUUGCUGUAGUCCAUGGCGGUAAACUGGCCGGCGGACAUCUUAAAAAUCCGUCACCCCUGCAAACAACUGCUAUUUCGGCCGCUACGCCCUCAAGUAACUAGGACCCAAGCUUGCAUUUGCGCGCUGAGUCAGUUAACGUCCUAAUGGACGGAACUGGCUCAAAGCUUAGCCUCGAGACGCUGCCUCUGUUGUGCAGCAUAUUGAAGUCAGCCAUCUUGAGAGGCUGCGUAUUUCUCUCAGUAAAACUAGGAUUGUCAUCCAAAGCAGGGACUCCAAAUUCAACCCUUCAACGAAAUGCUUGGGCAUCGCAGCAAGGAACGAAAUGACCACUACUGUCGUUUCUGACCUCUGAUGUCAUUAAGCUGAUUGCUAAUCUCUUCUCUCUUUUCUCUGUCUCUCUUCUCUUUUCUCUCUCCCUCUUUUACUCUGAUUAGCUUAGUUACAAAUGCCAACAGCUACUUUUACCCCAUCGUGCGUAUUGGGAUGUUUAAGAGACCUGGCAGAUUUCACUUGGAGAGAGCUGUCCUAGCCCUUAGCCUCUGUCUUUCUGUCGGUCACUCAUGCUCCGCCUCCUCUUCUUGAAUGGCUUCCUUAUCAACCAAUCCUGAUCCUUUCCUGUAUUAGCCAGUGUACAGUGCAGUGGGAACUAAGGAGGAAUAAAAUCAAAGCAAACAACUGCAUGGAAUAAAAGCUGAUGUACUGUACCAAA